GAAUUGAUCCCUACAUUGGAUUGACAACAGAUUGUAAUGACUCUGAAGAUAAACGUUUCAACUUUGGUUCAGUGACAUGUUAUGGAAAAACGACAGAGAAUGUCGCCUGUUCUAAAGAUCAGUUCAUGAUGGUCAAGACUGGAUCUUACCGUGGAUUGUCUGACUCAAAGACAUGUGGUUUGAGUGAUGAUUAUAGUUGUACAGUUGAUGUAACAUGUCUUGUUAAGAAACAAUGUGAUGGUCAACAUGAGUGUAAAAUAACUGUGGAUAAAACCUUGUUUUCUGAUGUUCUGUGUCCUGGAUUGAAAAAAUAUCUUUACUUUGAAUAUCAAUGCAUUGAUUCAACAGAAAAGCAUUUGUGUGCUCCAGAAGGUCCUCCACUGAAUGUCACAGUCACUGCAGAAAGUUCAUCCUCAUUAUCAGUCACGUGGGAUCCUCCUGAAGAAGAGAAAAGAAAUGGCGUGAUCGUCAAUUAUAUUGUGUGUAUCUCACAUGAAGAAACUAAACCUUGCUUUAAAGAACAUACUACAGAGAAGAUGAUGUUGGUCAUCGACAAUUUGAAUGCGUCAACUAAAUAUUAUGUUCGUGUUCUUGCAAGUACUAAAGUUGGUCGAGGAAACUACAGCAAAAGUCAGGGAAUAUUUACAAAUGGAGAAGGAACAAAGCUGGCCACAGAGAAAACAGAAACUACAUUAACUUUCUCGUUACAAACCCCUUCAGAAAAUUUUACAUAUUUUUACGUCGUGGCUUUGAAACGAAAAAACAAUGACAAACUUCCAUCAUCCAGCAGUUACAAUGAUCUAGUGACAUACAAAGAAGCCAAAACGUCAGCUGAACCAAAACCUUAUAUUGCCGCCGUCAUAACAAGCAGGGAUAAAAACAUGUUUAUACUUGGUGAUGGUGGAAAUACAAGUUUUCAAACAACACGAAGACGAAGAUCAACAACAAAUGAUUAUUAUAAUGGACCACUGGAGUCUAGAGCAAGUUACAGUAUUUUUCAAAGGAUCUUUCUUGACAAGGGUGAAUUUUACUCCACUGAUUGGAGUCCCGCAUCCGCAACGAUAACACAAGCGCCAAGACCAACCCUAACCACAAACACAGGUGGUGUCCCUCAUGUGUUAACCAACAUGUCCAGCGGUGACGAAAUGGCAAAGGAAGGUGAUCUUGUCACUCUGUUGUGUUCUGCUCAAGGGGAACCACCGAUCACUUUCAGUUGGGAAAAAGAUCAGAAGUCACUGGAUGGAUUCAUUGUAAAGGACAUGGCUCAUCGUAGUUCCUUACUUGUCGUAACAAUGAAAGACGAAACAAGUUUUGGAAAAUACAUUUGCAAUAUUCAAGAUCGAUUUACAAAAACUGCUCAUACAAUUUCAGUUGUGAAACUUACAGGAGCACAAAGAGAGGGCGAAGGUUGCGGAAAUCAUCUUGUGGGAAUUAUAGUAUUAAUAAUUCUUCUGGUCAUUUUACUCAUAAUUAUUGCUUAUUUAUUGUUUCACCGAGUUCAUCGUCUCAAAUCGUCAAGCACUACGGGAAAUUUGGAGAGGAAGACCAAAGACAGUUCCAAAGAUAUUUAUGAAAAUCCUAACAAAAAUGACGUUGACAAUUAUGAACAAGUAGAGAAUGAACAGUCGACGUAUACAGCUCUUAAAAGACCUGGAAAGGACGAAGAUGAUCAUGUUUAUAGUCAUCUGAAUCAAAGACAGCAAGAAUACCAAAACCAGAAGGAAACUGGAUUAUAAAGAGGUUUUGCACGGAACAUUUACAAUAAACUUAAGAUUAACAUUUCAAUAAUGAAAUGAAGACGUCCAGGUUUUAUCUAUAAUCUGGUUAAGACCACCUGUUGGUUUAAGCUGAUAUUUCGACCUGAACGUUUUAUCGCCAUUGGUUGAUGGAAAGUGCCAAUAGAGAAUAAUGUUGACAUGCAUGUAUCAGGCAAUUAUGAAUAUUAAAUACAUAUUAUCAGUGAGCAUUUAAUACAUUACACAACACGAGAUUCCAAGGUUUGAAUAAUUAUAAAUUGAUGAAAGUCAUUGAGAAAUGCUUAUACACCUGUAUAACCAAAUGACAUACGACAUAUAAGCAAGAAAUGGCGAAAGAUAUAACAUGGAAAAUAAAUCAUAUAGACAGUGCUAAACUAAGCAUACCGGAAAACAAAUAAAUAGGGCCACAGACCAUAAGUAACUGUUGCUUAUUUAAUUUUAAAAAUAGACUCAUCGAAAACAAAUAAGGUCUAGAGAGGAACAUUUCUCUUAAUAUAACAUGACCAUGUCAUUUAGAUAGCUUUUGAGAAAGAUGAUAGAUUUAUGAUUGAUGCUAUUAUUUACAGUAAUUUAACAAGAACAAAACACAAUUUGCUAAAACUGUUAAAGAAUGUCAGACGUUUUGUUUGUUUGGGAUCAUGAAAGCAACAUUCAGA